AUGAACGGGUUUGUGGCGGAGCAUGGGGUGGGAGGUCAGGAAGGGGAAGGAGCAGCCUACCCAGGAGAACCGAUAGGGGAAGAGAGAUGCUACGCGCAAGGGGAAGGGGGAGGAUACGCGACAGGGGAAGGGGGAGGAUACGCGACGGGGGAAGGAGGAGGAUGCGCGACGGGGGAAGGGGGUGGAUACGCGACAAGGGAAGGGGGAGGAUACGCGACAGGGGAAGGGGGAGGAUACACGACAGGGGAAGGGGGAGGAUACGCGACGGGUGCAAGGGGGGGAUAUGCGCAAGGGGAAGGAGGCGGAUAUGCGACAGGGGAAGGGGAAGGAUACGCGACGGGUGCAGGGGGAGAAUACGCGACAGUGCAAGGGGAAGGAUACGAGCAAGGGGAAGGGGGGGGAAACGAGACAGGGGUAGGGGGAGGAUACGCGACCGGCGCAGGAGGAGAAUACGAGACAAGGGAAGGGGAUGGGUACGAGGGCGAGGAAAGGGGCGAGGACGGAGGAGAGGAAGGGGGAGAAGACGAGGGAGAGGAAUGGGGGGAAGAAGAGGGUGAGGAAUGGGGAGAAGACGGGACAGGGGAACAAGGUGCAUACGCGUCGGGGGAAGGGGGAGUACACGCGACAGUGCAAGGGGGAGGAUACGUGACAGAUGAAGGGGGAGGAUACGGGACAGUGCGAGGCGGAGAAGACGAGGGAGACGAAUGGGGAGAAGGCGGGACAGGGGAACAAGGUGCAUACGUGGCAGGGGAAGGGGGAGUACACGCGACAGUGCAAGGGGGAGGAUACGAGGGAGAGGAAGGGGGAGAAAAUGGGACAGGGGAAGGGGGAGGAUACGCGGCAGGGGAAGGGGGCAGAUACGUCGUAAGGGGGGGGGAAGUCUAUGAGGAACAGGAAGGGGGGGAGUUUGCGGCGCAGAGUGAGGGAGGAUACGAGGAAGAGGAGGGGGGGAGAGUCAUGGCCGAAGGCGGGGAAGACGGUCGGGCGAGAGAUCCUGCCGAAGGCGAUGGUGCGCUGAACGCAGCGGUGCGACAGGAGGCACAUGAAGGUGGGGAGGACGACGCUGAGGAUGAUGAUGUUGAACGUAUGCUGUACCCUGUCAGGCCGGUUGCGGAAGCAAGCCGUGGCUCCACGAUGGAUGAAAGUGCGGAGGAGGCAGCCGCGAUCAUGCGGGGCAAGGCCAAGUGCAUGGCGACCCUAAACAUGGAUCAGGGCGUGCGGAAUGACGUGCCGUGCAAUCACGGGGCAGAGGGCGGGGAGAAGGGCGAGGUGGGCGAGCAGGGCGGGGCGGAGGGAGAGGAGGGCGAGGCAGAGGACAGGAUGAUGGAGAGGGGGAAGGGCGUGGAGGGCGAGGCAGCGGCCGAGCAGGGCAGGGCGGAGGGAGAGGAGGGCGACGCAGAGGACAGGAUGAACAAGAGGGAGAAGGGAGUGGAGGGCGGGGCGUCGGGCGUGGAGGGCGCGGCGGAAAUCGUGGAGCGGGUCAACUUGGCCGCGGGGCUGGAGGUAGAGGAAGGGGCGAAGGAAUGGGACGAGGAAGAGGAAGGGGUGCCACAGCCCGCUCUCUGCCAUCUUUCCACCCUUGCCUCCCUGCCAUUGACAGGAGAUGCACGGAGGAGGAGGGAAGGAGAGGCGGGGGUGUGCAUGGUCCUCUCUGCUCCUUUCCUAUUGGCCCGCUCUCUGCCAUCUUUCCGCCCUUGCCUCCCUGCCAUUGACAGGAGAUGCACGGAGGAGGAGGGAGGGAGAGGCGGGGGUGUGCAUGGUCCUCUCUGCUCCUUUCCUAUUGGGCUAUUUUCAGCCCCGAUCCCCGCUAUUCUCACCCAGCCCGCUCUCUGCCAUCUUUCCACCCUUGCCUCCCUGCCAUUGACAGGAGAUGCACGGAGGAGGAGGGAGGGAGAGGCGGGGGUGUGCAUGGUCCUCUCUGCUCCUUUCCUAUUGGGCUAUUUUCAGCCCCGCUGUUCUCACCCAGCCCGCUCUCUGCCAUCUUUCCACCCUUGCCUCCCUGCCAUUGACAGGAGAUGCACGGAGGAGGAUGGAGGGAGAGGCGGGGGUGUGCAUGGUCCUCUCUGCUCCUUUCCUAUUGGGUUAUUUUCAGCCCCGAUCCCCGCUGUUCUCACCCAGCCCGCUCUCUGCCAUCUUUCCACCCUUGCCUCCCUGCCAUUGACUGGAGAUGCACAGAGGAGGAGGGAGGGAGAGGCGGGGGUGUGCAUGGUCCUCUCUGCUCCUUUCCUAUUGGGCUAUUUUCAGCCCCGAUGUUCUCACCCAGCCCGCUCUCUGCCAUCUUUCCACCCUUGCCUCCCUGCCAUUGACAGGAGAUGCACGGAGGAGGAGGGAGGGAGAGGCGGGGGUGUGCAUGGUCCUCUCUGCUCCUUUCCUAUUGGCCCCGCUGUUCUCACCCAGCCCGCUCUCUGCCAUCUUUCCACCCUUGCCUCCCUGCCAUUGACAGGAGAUGCACGGAGGAGGAGGGAGGGAGAGGCGGGGGUGUGCAUGGUCCUCUCUGCUCCUUUCCUAUUGGGCUAUUUUCAGCCCCGCUGUUCUCACCCAGCCCGCUCUCUGCCAUCUUUCCGCCCUUGCCUCCCUGCCAUUGACAGGAGAUGCACGGAGGAGGAGGGAGGGAGAGGCGGGGGUGUGCAUGGUCCUCUCUGCUCCUUUCCUAUUGGGUUAUUUUCAGCCCCGAUCCCCGCUGUUCUCACCCAGCCCGCUCUCUGCCAUCUUUCCACCCUUGCCUCCCUGCCAUUGACAGGAGAUGCACGGAGGAGGAGGGAGGGAGAGGCGGGGGUGUGCAUGGUCCUCUCUGCUCCUUUCCUAUUGGCCCGCUCUCUGCCAUCUUUCCACCCUUGCCUCCCUGCCAUUGACAGGAGAUGCACGGAGGAGGAGGGAGGGAGAGGCGGGGGUGUGCAUGGUCCUCUCUGCUCCUUUCCUAUUGGCCCCGCUGUUCUCACCCAGCCCGCUCUCUGCCAUCUUUCCACCCUUGCCUCCCUGCCAUUGACAGGAGAUGCACGGAGGAGGAGGGAGGGAGAGGCGGGGGUGUGCAUGGUCCUCUCUGCUCCUUUCCUAUUGGGUUAUUUUCAGCCCCACUGUUCUCACCCAGCCCGCUCUCUGCCAUCUUUCCACCCUUGCCUCCCUGCCAUUGACAGGAGAUGCACGGAGGAGGAGGGAGGGAGAGGCGGGGGUGUGCAUGGUCCUCUCUUCUCCUUUCCUAUUGGCCCCACUGUUCUCACCCAGCCCGCUCUCUGCCAUCUUUCCACCCUUGCCUCCCUGCCAUUGACAGGAGAUGCACGGAGGAGGAGGGAGGGAGAGGCGGGGGUGUGCAUGGUCCUCUCUGCUCCUUUCCUAUUGGCCCGCUCUCUGCCAUCUUUCCACCCUUGCCUCCCUGCCAUUGACAGGAGAUGCACGGAGGAGGAGGGAGGGAGAGGCGGGGGUGUGCAUGGUCCUCUCUGCUCCUUUCCUAUUGGGUUAUUUUCAGCCCCACUGUUCUCACCCAGCCCGCUCUCUGCCAUCUUUCCACCCUUGCCUCCCUGCCAUUGA